AUGCCACCCAAAGGCUCGAAAAAGUCUUCUAAAGCGGAGGCCGCUGCUGCACCUGCUGAACAGCCAAUGGACAUUGACGAGCCCUCCAGCUCGCAGCCCAGCGGCAGCCUCUCCAACGACCCCGUCGCCUCGAACAUCAUCCAAGACUCCAAGACCUCGGCAGCAGUGGACCAGCGUCGCCUCGUCGAGAUCUUGCCCGAACGCGUCGGCUCGGUCGCCAACACCGACUUCCCGCUUCACCACCCCGGCGAGAACCACGCCUUUUCCCUCGCUGCUGCCAACGACAAGCUCAGAGUGAUCGUCACCCGCCUCUCAGAUGCAUCAUGCGAGUUUGACCUGAUCGGUGUCGAUGCCUCCGUCGCUAAUGCCGUGCGCAGGGUGUUGAUGGCCGAAGUGCCCACUGUCGCCAUCGAACACGUUUACAUCUGGAACAACACUUCCAUCAUCCAGGAUGAGGUGCUCUCGCAUCGUUUGGGUCUUGUGCCGCUCGCCAUCAACCCGGACAAGGUGCUGAUGCGCAUGCCUGGUGAUGAUGCCGACGACAGCAACACGGUCGUCUUCCACCUGAAGGCCAAAUGCGAACGCAACCGAUCAGCAGCACGCGGCGAGACCGACCCGGACAAGCUCUACAUUGGCCACAACGUCUACUCGGAACAGCUGCAGUGGGACCCCAAGGGCGGACAGGACGAAGAUUUCGCCGACGCGCCACCUCGCCCCGUCCACGACAAGAUCUUGAUCGCCAAGCUGCGACCGGGCCAAGAACUUGAUUUGGAACUGCACUGCGAAAAGGGCGUCGGCAAGGAUCACGCCAAGUUCUCGCCUGUGGCCACUGCCACCUACCGCCUGCUCCCGCACAUCCAGCUGCUCCAACCCAUCCCGUCGGACUCGAUCGACAAAUUCGUCAAGUGCUUCCCGCCAGGCGUCAUCGGUGUCGAGGGUUCUGGCAGUGAGCGCAAAGUGUUUGUGAAGGACGCGCGAAAGGACACUAUCUCGAGAGAAGUAUUCCGUCACCAGGAAUUUGAAGACAAGGUCAAGCUGGGCCGUGUUCGGGAUCACUUUUUGUUCGAUCUCGAGAGCACGGGUGUCAUCCCACCGGAGAAGCUGCUGCCGGAAGCGAUCAAGACGUUGAGGAGCAAGAUCUCGACACUGAGGAAGAGUUUGGAUCACUUGGAAACGAGAGGGUUGGACACUUCGUUGGCUGCUUAG